GGAAGAGAAGCGAGUUUCUUGGGGGGCCGGCCAUCUUGUGUGGGCAGCGAGCGAGCGCGCAGGGGGUGGGCCUGGGCAGCAUCCGCGGAGGAUCCCGCCGAGAGGGGUCCAUCAUGCCCGGACACCUGCAGGAAGGCUUCGGCUGCGUCGUCACCAACCGCUUCGACCAGCUCUUGGACGACGAAUCCGAUCCCUUCGAGGUGAUCCAAGCGGCCGAGAGCCGUAAGAAAGAGAGCGCCGGAGGAGGAGGCGGCGGCGGCGGCGGCGGCGGCGGAGGGGGCCACCAAGGCGGCCGUGGAGGCGGCAGUGGCCAGGCGGCUCAAGCUAACUCAGGCGGAGGCGCCGGCUCAGGCCAGGCCGGCUCUGCGGGCGGGAGCGGCAGCGCGGCUAAGCAGCUGCGCAGGGAGUCGCAGAAGGAGCGCAAGAAUCCGCUGCCGCCCUUCGCGGUCUCUGCUGGGCCUGGCGGCGCAGGGGAACGGAGGGAAGAUGGAGGCGGGCAGCCUGGCUCCGCGCCCCUCAGGAAAGAAGGGAUACGACGAAUUGGCAGAAGGCCUGAUCAGCAGCAGCCUCAGGGAGAAGGGAAACCUAUUGAAAGGAGGCAAGAGAGACGGCCUCCUCGUGAGCGGCGAUUUGACAAACCUGCUGAAGAGAAGGGUGAAGGAGGAGAGUUUUCUGUUGACAAACCCAUUAUUGAUCGCCCAAUGCGUGGCCGUGGUGGUCCAGGUGGAAGAGGUGGUCGUGGUGGCAGAGGACGUGGCAUGGGCAGAGGAGAUGGCUUUGACUCUAGAGGCAAACGUGAAUUUGAUAGGCAUAGUGGAAGCGACAGAUCUUCUCUUUCACAUUCACAUUUCAGUGGACUAAAGCAUGAGGACAAGCGUGGUGGAAGCGGAUCACACAAUUGGGGAACAGUCAAAGAUGAACUAACUGAGUUGGAUCAAUCAAAUGUGACAGAGGAAACACCAGAGGGAGAGGAACAUCCACCUGCUGAUUCAGAGAAUAAAGAGAAUGAAGUAGAUGAAGUCAAGGAAGAGGGUCCGAAAGAAAUGACUCUGGAUGAAUGGAAAGCUAUUCAAAAUAAGGAUCGUGCAAAAGUUGAAUUCAAUAUCCGCAAACCAAAUGAAGGUGCUGAUGGACAAUGGAAAAAAGGUUUUGUUCUUCAUAAGUCAAAGAGUGAGGAGACAAAGGGGAUGGCAGAGAUGCAGGGGAGUCAGCUGGAAUCCAGUGAGUCUCAUGCUGAAGACUCUGUAAUGGAUCAUCACUUCCGCAAGCCAGCAAAUGACAUCACAUCCCAGCUGGAGAUAAAUUUUGGAGAUCUUGGUCGCCCUGGACGAGGUGGAAGAGGUGGAAGAGGAGGCCGUGGGCGUGGGGGAAGGGCCAACCGUGGAAGCAGAACUGACAAGUUGGUUAAGGAGUUUGAUGUGAUCCACACACCCAACCAGUCAAGUGCUUCAGCUCCUGAUGUCGACGAUCCAGAAGCUUUCCCAGCUCUGUCCUAAACUGGAUGCCCUAAGCCAACCCUGCCCUUUGUUGGGCCCUCCUGUACAAGGCUUGCAUGCUUAAGGAUCCUAAAAACAACUAAGAAAUUUAAAAAGGGGACUCUCAUUCAUACCAUUCACACCUAAAGACUGACUUUUACCUGUUUUGAAAAUGAACUUCUCUUGCUACACAGAAGCAACAAUAUGGUAGUCAGUUUUGUAUUUAGAAAUGUAACGGUAGCAGGGAUGUUUUCAUAAUUUUUUUCGGAAAUUAUGCAUUCUUCAUGGAUACUUUUUUGUAUUGCUGCUUGAAAAUAUGCGUUUCCAAACUUGAAAUAUAGGUGUGAACAAUGUGUACCAGUUAAAGCUUUCACUUCAUUUGUUUUUAUUUUUUAAUUUAGAAAUUUAGAUGUUUUCCCCUAAACUACCAACCAGUUUAACUCUUGCACACUUUUUUCUUUUAAUACUGCUUAGCAGAUUGUUUUCAGUCCACGGUCAGCUGGGAUAUGUACAAAAAUAAUUUGGAAAAUUGUUAGUACUAACUUCUGGAAUAGUUUGAGUUUUUAAUACUUAAAUCCAAACUUGAAGAAGUCCAUUUUCUUCUAUCUUUGGUAGCUUGUGUAUUCAAAGUCUUUAUACAAAAAUGAUAUCGGAUACUUGAAAAAUAGUCAAAGCACAUUGGUUUAUACUCAAAUACCUGCUCAUAAAGCCAACACCUCUGUUUGGAUAAUUGGUCUAAGCCAUUCUAAAAAGAAAAACUCUUUAUUAUAACUCUCCUUUUUACCUUAUUCCUUUUCUUUCACAAAACUAGUUGUCAGUUUGGUAAAACUUUGUUUAAAGUUGUUAAUAUUGUUGCGACCCAAAAUAUCUUGUAGAUGGGAGCAACUUUUUUUUCAUGCUGUGGAAGCUUGGGAAGGAAGUGGCAUCUAUUUCUAACACAGUUUGUUUAAACUGUAAUUGAUAUUGUCUGGCAGUGCAGUAUAUCAACACAGAGGUGCACCUGCAUUGGAUGCAUUUAUACACUUCCACUAGCUACAAUCUUGGUCCUGAAAGAAGAAACCAAAGGGACAGUGUACUGCUUUGGAGGAAGACAUAUAAGUUGGAGGACAGUGAGCAUCAAAAUGGGACAGCUUUGGUCUCCUUGGGACAUAAACCAAAACCUCACUUUUUGUUGUGGAUUUUUUUUUCUCUGUUGCUUCUGGUCUCUGCUAGCUGACAAAGGAAUGUUUAUUUUCAGAGGGUGAUUGUAAGUUCUCCUUACCACUGUAGAAUUCUCUUAAUCCCUGUGAACAGGAAUGUUACCACUUUCAAAAUGCAAGGAAUUGGGAAGAGCAAAUAAUAAAAGGACUUAUUAGGA